UUAAUAAACAGCCAUGGUCCUGGGAAAUCUCUUUGUGUAGUUACUGACCAAAACAUUUGUGCUUUUUUUGUUAGGGAAGCAGAAUAUAAAGGUCUUCAGUUUUCUCUAGAUCAGGUUACAUCCAAGGCCUCCUUGCCGUUCGGCACCAAUAGUGUCACCAACAGCCUUCCAGAGAACUGCAAAACUCUCAAAAGCAGAGUGAUCCGGCUCAAGACCAAAUCUAGACUUUCACCAUACACUCAGUAUCCUAGCUUCAACACAGAGUCUGACCUAGACAGUCCAUGGGGAAGCAGUCCUCUCACAGACUCAGCUUUGCCUCAGCUGAGUGAACACAUGGAAGCCUCUUACGGCUACAGAAACUUAUCUGAUCCACAGAGUCUCUGCUGCAGUUUAUCUGAAGAGCAGCACCACACCACCAGUGAUAUCCACACACACAUCCACGCACACGGUCAAGGGCAGAGCUGUGAGAGGGGUCGAUGUAUUGCAGGUCGAUAUUUUCUUGGAGCUCCACCAACCAGCAGGGAUACAUGGUUCAGCACAGCCCGGUCCUUUAUACCGCUGAGUAAAAGGUACUUGGACAAUCAUGAUGGAUACAAUAGCAGUUUGGCAAGCAUCUCAGCAAUCCAGAGCAAGCAAGGCCAACCCCACUGGGAGGAAGACAGCAUAGUCAGCUCUCCAGGUGGAGGCUCAGUCAGUGACUCAGGAGGUCUGUAUCAAGCAGAUCACCACUCCUGCAGCCCAGAGGAGCCCAGUAAGAUUGAUACUCUGCUAAGGGCCACACAGCAGAUGAUCAAGGAAGAAGAGAAUCGAAUGCAGUUACGCAAGAGCUUUGAAAAUACACCUCCAGGCAUUGUCAAUGGGCUUCACAGAGGUGCUGCUUCAGGUUUUACUUCAGAGUACACUCAACGGUCCUUACAAACUAUGGUGUGCCGAAGUUUUAGCCAAGUAAUAAGCCCUGCUUCUAGUCCUACCCCUCUAUCCAGAUUUAGCAGUCCUAGUGCUGAGUGUUCGCACAGGCCCAAAGACUACCACCAGACUGACAUGAAUCCUCUUCCUUUGCAGUUACACAACCCAUUUGGUCGGUUGGGUGCCCACACAGCUUUACCUACACCAGCACCUGCACUCUACCCCUCUCACAGUCACCCACGAUCAUAUGUGGACAGACAUCCUUCAUAUUCCUUGACAGGCUACACUCUGGAGCACCUGUAUGACCCUGAGAACCUGCGGGGCUACUGUACCUCUGCUAGCACUGACCACUACAAUCACUUCCUUGUACCAGGAGAACAAAAUCCUGGACAUAAAGGGCAGUCAUUCAUUCUCACCAACAGUAGCAUUAGCUCCCACAAAGGGACUAGAGUCACAUAGCUUGUACAAGCUGGCUAUCUGGCAUGGGCCUGCUAUUUACAGUUUGCAUUCAUUUUGACUCUGCAAGGAAGCAACAAGUCAGGCAAUGACUAUAAAGGGAAUUAAUAUAUUUCUGAGUGUGUGAAAAAUAUUCACAAGAUGAAAUAACAAAAUCAUAGUAGAAUACCAGUGCCUGGAGUCUUAACAGAUAAUUUUAUUUCAUUCUGUCGUUGUGUCCUUGGGCAAUACACUUCACCCGCAUUGCCUGCUGGUGCUGGUCUGAGGUUCCGGUGGCAGCCUCACCAUUGUCAGACUGCCCCAAAGCAGCUGUGGCUACUAUCUAGUAGCUUGCCACCUCAGUGUGUGAAUGUGUGUGUGAGUGGAUGAAUGACUAAAUGUAGUGUGAAGCUCUUUGGAGUCCUCUGGAUUUGACAAGGCACUGUACAAGUACAAGCCAUUUACAAUUCCAUCCAAGUUUAUGUCUUUCAUUUUUUCUGUUUUAAGACCGAAAGAAAGGAUCAUCUGACCUGACUACAACACAUUGAUUAAGCCCACCCUAAAAUAUGACGAGCCAGUUAGAGAGUAUCUAACAGUAGUAGAGUCAAGGAGUUUUUCAUUCAGGUCAGCCUGUAUCAUUAUCAGAUUGGAUGAAGUAGCUGUUGGUGGGAAGUCAUCUAGGAACUGAAAAACUGCAAGUGUGUUAAUGAAAGAGCUAACUUCCUGCGCUGUGACAUUUCUAACAUUUGGGAAAAUAAAAUUGUAGUCUGGUUACUGUUCCUAUUUAUCCUGCAAGCAAUUCAUUUUAGAAAGUGUUCAUCUUGCAUGUGUGAUUUUCUUGUCAAACAGAUAAUGGUGUAAAAAAUCUGA